AUGGCGGCGCGCGUGUCGCCCUUGGUUACUGCGCGCCGGCUGCUGCGCCGCGCUGCCGCCGGGCCUGCCGCGAGGUCGGUACCGCGCCGGGCCGCACCGCGGGCAUACACAGGUCUGGGAAGUGAGAAGACAGYCCCUGGGACUCCUACAGAUGCCAACUCUAGAGCCUUGUUGGUUUGCAGUGGACCUUUAGAACAUUACGACUUUCUGAUUGAGCAAAAAGAGCUGAAGAAUGAUGAGCAGCAAAGAAAAGUUGUGCAGCACCUGCAGAAGUUGCAUGAGAGCCUUAAAGGCUACAGCAUAAGUUCAAAAAAUCUUCUCUCAAAGCUCUUUGCAAAGAGCAAACCUCCAAAAGGUCUUUAUGUCUAUGGAGAUGUUGGCACAGGCAAGACAAUGGUGAUGGACAUGUUCUAUUCUCACUUAGAAGUAGAGAGGAAAAAGAGAGUCCAUUUUCAUGGCUUCAUGCUAGAUGURCACCAGAGAAUACAUCGCCUCAAGCAGAGCUUGCCAAAGCGAAAAGCAGGGUUUAUGGCCAAAUCGUAUGACCCGAUUGCACCAGUAGCAGAGGAAAUAAGUGAAGAAGCUUCUCUGCUAUGUUUUGAUGAAUUUCAGGUCACUGACAUUGCUGAUGCCAUGAUUCUGAAACAGCUUUUUGAAAAUCUGUUCCAAAACGGGGUUGUCGUUGUGGCAACAUCUAACAGGCCGCCAGAAGACCUCUAUAAAAAUGGGCUUCAGAGAGCUAAUUUUGUACCAUUCAUAGCUGUGCUGAAGAAGUACUGCAGCACAGUCCAGCUGGAUUCGGGAAUAGACUACAGGAAACGAGUGCUUCCUGCUGCUGGCAAACUUUACUACCUCACAAGUGAAGCUGAUGUGGAGGCUGUCAUGGAUAAGUUGUUUGAUGAGCUGGCUCAGAAACAAAAUGAUUUAACUAGACCAAGGAUUCUGAAAGUGCAAGGCAGAGAGCUGAGGCUGAAUAAAGCGUGUGGAACCAUCGCAGACUUCACAUUUGAAGAGCUGUGUGACAGACCUCUUGGGGCCAGUGACUACUUGGAAAUAUCCAAGCACUUCGACACGGUCUUUGUGCGCCACAUACCACUGCUUACCAUGGCGAAAAGGACCCAAGCACGCCGCUUCAUUACGCUUAUUGACACCUUCUAUGAGCAUAAGGUGCGGAUCAUUUGUUCGGCAGUGACUCCUCUCCAGAGCCUGUUCCUGGUAGAGAGUGACAGCGGGGAGCUAGAGGACAACAGGGUGUUGAUGGAUGAUCUGGACUUGAGCCAGGAUUCUGCCAAGGGACUCUCCAUGUUCACAGGAGAAGAGGAGAUCUUUGCCUUCCAGCGAACCAUCUCCCGGCUCACGGAAAUGCAGACUGAGCAGUACUGGAAAGAUGGGGACAGAAGCAUAAAAUAGGUAUAAUUGGAAAAUGAGUGAACACUGAAGAAGUGUGUCAGGAAAUAAAACUACAGAAUUGGAAUGCUUUUUAGCACAACUGAAAUGAUUUAUUGCACUUUAUCUUCUGGACCAUGUUAGUUUUUAUCACGUGAUUUUUACGCUUCAGAUGUAAGGUGGGUUUUGGGUUUUUUUGGGGGGGUACCACUAAUUUGUGGCCACAUGAAAUUUUGCUUUGAUUUCCUUUUCUGUAAAACAUAAAUUCGCACCAUAAAUUUAACUGGAUACUUGAAACCUCAGAGGAUCCAACUUAACACGGGUGACAAAAGAACACUAUGAUAGCGUCACAAAAAGCCUUUAAAUGGGAUUUGGGGAGGGCGGAGGGGGUGGGAAGCAGGAGGUGCCCCCUGCUUCUGCCUGCUCUGCUCCUGCUUUUCCRUUCUGAUCCCUUCUCUUUACCCUGGAAAUGCCUCCUACUGGCUCCACCAGUUCCCAAAUACUUCUCAAAGCCUAUACUUACAGCUGUGUAAACUGCUAACUAUGUUAUUCCCAUGAGGGUGACUACAACAAGGAAUGUUAAUAUAUAUUUAUGAAAACUCCRGAGUAGAUCGCAUUUACAUAGGAAUUCAGGCAGAUCUGCUGUAUCUUUCAGAGAUUUUGUUUAUUCAUUAGGUUAACUUAAU